CAGGAAUAUCCGUUCGGAGACAAGCUUAGGCCUUAAGUUGUGUUGGCACAUUCUUCCAGACGACAAACAAAACGUCGAGAUUUUGGGUUGGAGAUGAGACCAUGCAGUGGUGGAUGCAUCACAAAGUGACGGCAGAGAGAGGAGGUGAAGAGGAAGUAGUGAUAGACAAGAAGUUUCAAGAAAGACGAAUGAGCAAGGAGGUGUGGGAGGAUUUCUUCGGCGUGAAAGAGGAUCAGAAUCGGAAGCCACAGAGGAGGAAUAGCACAGGGGAGCUGGUACGAAUCGACCUCGAGCAAGUCUGGAGGGCGGCAGAGCGAGACCGACGUCUUCUCCAUAUCCUGUACAGGCUGAAUCACAUCGAAGAGAAUGGGAUCAAACGCCACGUAAUGGACGGCGACAUGCAGGCGUUCCAGAGGAAUGGCUCUGCUCGCAACUUGAUCCAGGCAAACUUGAAGGGUAUGAUGGUUUCUAAAGCUCGACGAGCGUCAUGUCCAACGUUACAGGAUGUGUCGUUGGACUUCCAGAUAUGAAACAAUCCGUGAACUUGGAUCUUUGUUAUGGUGUAGAACCGUGGGAACAAAUGGACCAACGAGUAUAGUGUACCUAAUAAUCGGGGUAUGAAGAGAGAUUGCGUGUGUAAUGUAAUUGAAGGAGUGAAUGUUACUGUGUAACUA